AUGGGGAUGGUAGUGGAAAUUCUUUUUAAAAAUCUCUUCAGGCUAUAUGCUGUAUUAAUUAUCUGGCUCUCGACAAUGAAUAUGAACGGCUGCUAUCCAAUUGUCACAUCUAUGAGGAAUAAUCCCCUUUAUAUGAAUUGCCAGCUGCCCAGGAAAUCUGAUUGCCUCUUCCUGCUGCUUCUGAAUGGCUGCCUUGCCAAGAUGGAUGGAUCUGAAGAACUAGCUUUGUUCAGUUCCUUUCUGGAGAAUUCUGAUAUUAAAAGAUCUUUUCGAAACCGAGUUGGAUCGGGAAUUUAA